AUGGCAACAAUUCAGAGCCAGCCCGCUGAGCAACCUCACAAGCACCUGGACAACCGCAUCGAUGGCGAGUCACCGGACGUCGCUGGAGAUUCAGACUUGUUGGCCAACGAGAUGUCUAGUCUCAGCAUCAAUGGCCAUGGUCGCCAACGUCGUCUACCUCGCUCCUCGGAGGUGAACCACCAUCACUCGCCGCGCGGUGGCAGUCCCACCGGCUCCGCCCGAAGUGCAUACACUACCCGUCGUCGUGUGAGCCGUACAUCAUUCAACGCCGGCGGCUUUUCCUCUGCCUACCGCUCCGAGGUUUCGAAGGAGCUCACAUCCCAAGCCGAGGGCGAGUUCUUCGCCCUCACGGAACUCAUGGCCAGCAUGUCGAGACGAAGUCUCUCCAUGAGAGAAGUCUGGAGCAAGAUCAUCGCCGAGCGUGAGGCAGCCUAUGCUGAGAUGGACCGCAUGUGCGAGCGGUACGAAGAGUUGACGGAAGUCAUCGAGCAGAAGGAGAAGGAGCACCACCACAACAACAACAACCAAGAGGAGCGCAAGCAGGAUCUCUUGAAGGUCCGUUACGAGCUUACCGCUGCGAUCAACAGCGCGUCGGACUUCAAGUUGAAGUUGGCCGAGCGCGACACCGAGUGCAAGGCCCUCCGUCAUGAGAUUGCCGAGUCCAAGGACGGUCUCACGUACAUCCGUAAGGAGCACGAGGAGUUGAAAAAGACAUCGGAACAGAUGCGCAUGACUCUCGUCGCCACUGAGGCUGCCCGCGCUGAUCUUGAAGACAAGUACGGCAAAUUGCGCGGGGAGCGCGAGGCUCUUGACCUUAAGUACACCGACCUGCAGUCUCGCCAUGAGGAAGUCAACAGCCACUUCGAAUCCGCCAACAAGGAGCUGGUGCAGUACAGGCAGAGCAACAUGACCCUCAAGAAGGAGAAGCACGACUUACUCCACAAGGCGGGCGAGCUUGAGGAUUCUCUCCGCAAGGUCGAGCACAGACACGACGAGAUCAAGCGCAAGUACAAGGAACUCGAGGAGCUCUACGAGAAGAGGAAGUAUGAGGUCAAGGAGCUCCAUGAAACUGUCACACGCGUGAGGACCGAAAAGGAGGAAUUCGAGCAACUCAUUGAGAGACUCAAACGCGAGAUUGAGGAGGAGCACGGCCGAUGCGAGGACGCCGAGGACCGUUGUGGCAAGUGGAAGCUCAAGUGGGAGCACUCGGAGCGAGAGAUCAUCUCGGUCCGCGAGGAGAUCUCUCGCAUUGAGAUGACCCAAACUGAGAUGCGCGAGACCAUCUCCAAGAAGUCCGAAGAGCUACGUGUUCUCGUCAUUGAGAAGAAGCGCCUCCAAGAGGAGGGUGAGCGCGCCAGCGGCCGUGCCGACGACAACCACCGCCAGCUACUCUUGGUCCAGGAGACUCUCAGCCACACCGAGUCCCUGCUCAAGAAGACACAGCAGGAGAUCCAUAGCAAGACCGAGCGCAUCGAGCGCCUCGAGCUCGACUACGGCCUUGCCAAGGGCCAGGUCGAGAAGCUGGAAAUGGAAAUCCACACCCACCAGUCCCUCGUCGCUAACCUCAAGAUUGAGGUCGACAGCCUCAACGGCCAGUGCGGCACCCUCAAGGAGAAGUGCCACGACUGGGAGCAGAAGUACGAGGACGUGUACGAGAGCAUUACCGAGAUCGAGGAGGGCAGCUCCAGCUUCGAGUUCGAGAUCUCUGCCAUGCGCACCAUGCUCCGCGAGACAAGGGAACAGAAGGAGCAGGCCAUCACGGCGCGCAACUCGGCGGAUCGUGAGCGUGACCAGGCGAUUGCGCAGUACGAGGAGAAGUGCCGUGAGUUGGAGAGGCUUGAGGAGAGGAUGAGCGCCCAGAUGCACGAGAUGAGCCAGCGUUCCGGAAGCAAGACUAUCACAACGACGCGUUCGUACAAGGGCGGGAGCCACAGAAUGGCCAGCCACAGUGGCUCGUCCAGCCCUACGGAUGAAUCCUGA